AUGUUUUUUUACCUUUUGAAUCUUCUUUCUUUAGAUAUUAUAAUUUUUAUUUUUAUUUUACUUAAUUGUAUAUCUAUCACCGUCCUCUUCUUUUACAUCCACAUACGGUUCUUCUUCUUUUUAUUUUCCUUCUUCUUCCUCUUUCCUUUUCCUUCUUCUUCUUCUUCCUAUUCUUCUUAUUUUGAUUUUUCUUCUUGCUUUUCCUCUUCCUUCUUCUUCUGUAGAAUUUCCAAAUGUUUUGCCGUCCAUGUUUUAUUUUUUGUAAAAUUUCUUUUUAUACCCUUUUCCUAUUUUCCCUUCUUCUUCUUCUUCUUCUUCUUCUUCUUCUUCUUCUUCUUCUUCUUCUUCUUCUUCUUUCUUUUCUUUUUUUCCUUUUUUCUUUCUUUCUUUCUUUUUUCAUGUUUCUUUUUUUUCUUUCUAUCAAUGAAUUUCGUGUACUUAUUUUAUUUGUGUAACUUCUAUUUUUUCUGUUUCAAUUCUUCUUCUUCUUCUUCUUUCUUUCUUUCUUUCUUUAUUUAUUUAUUUCUUCUUUUUUCUUUCUUUCUUUUUGGCCCAACCGGAUUUCAUCCCGGAAUCCACAACAUCUUCAUAAUUCUUUUUUACGUAUUCAUUUAUUCUUUUUUUGUCUCUUUUUCUUCAUUUUUCUUGUUCUUCUUCUUCUUCUUCUUCUUUUCAUUCUUCACCUUAAUUCUAUUUUUUUUCACUUUCGCUGUUCGUUUUCUUAUUUUCUGUUUUUUGCGAAACUUCAUUUUUCUUCUGUUUCAAAUCAUCAUUCCUCCUUUUCUUCUUUUUUUCUUCUUUCAUUUUCAUUUUUUUAGGGUUAUUUUUUCUUUUCAUAAUUCCCUCUUACGUGUUCAUUUCUUCUUAUUUUCGUUUCUUUCUCUUCUUCUUCUUCUUCUUCUUCUUUUCGUCUUUCACAUUAACUUUAUUUUUUAUUUUCACUUUCAAUGUUCGUUUUCUUAUAUUCUUUUUCUUCGUUUUUCUUCUGUUUCAAAUCUUCACCCAUUCUUCUUCAAAUUAAUCUUCCUUCCUUUUAGCUUCAAUUUAAAACUUUUUGCAACUUCCGUAUUAUCAAGUUCUAUAUUUUAUUUUACAUUUUCGCAUGUCUGUGUGCGUGUGGGAGGAUUAGUGUUGCUGUUGUUUCCAUUUAUUCUCUCCUUUUUCUUCUUCACCAUCAUGCAUUUCUUCUUCCCCUCGAUUCUUCUUCUUCUUCUUCUUCUUCUUCUUCUUCUUUUUCUUCUUCUUCUUCUUCUUCCUCCUCCUCCUCCUUACUUCAUCACUUCAUCUUGUUGUUUUCUGAACCCCUUUUUCUCCCCGUGUAUUUUUGACCUCCUUUUUUUCUUCAUCUUUCUUCUUCAUCGUCUUCUUCUUCUUCUUCUUCGUUUUCGGCUGCUUUACUUUAUCGCUUCCUCUUUUUAUCUCACUUUCAUCUACUUUUUCUUGAUUUCAUGUCCUCCUUCUUUUUCAUUUUCGUCCUGUUCUCUUAUUUUUGCCUUCUUAAUUUUUUCUUUCACAUUCUUCUUCUUCUUCUUCUUCUUCUUCUUCUUCUUCUUCUUCUUCUUCUUUAACAAGCAUGCACCAUCAGAAAUCUCGCCACGGUGUCCUUCAUUCAACUCACGUCAUCUACCUAUCUAUUUCAUUAUAUUCACAUCUAUCUAUCUCAUUCUGUUCAUUUUUUCUAUCUAUUUAUUUCAUUAUGUUCAUAUGUAUCUAUCUAUAUCAUUUUGUUCAUAUCUAUCUAUCUAUCUAUCUAUCUAUCUAUCUAUCUAUCUAUCUCUAUCUAUUUUAUUCUGUUCAUAUAUACCUAUCUGUCUAUUUCUUAAUGUUCAUAUUUAUCGAUCUAUCGCAUUCUGUUCAUAUUCUUAUAUCUAUCUAUUUCAUUUUGUUCAUAUUUAUCUAUUUAUCUCAUUCUGUUCAUAUGUUUCUACCUAUCUAUCUAUCUAUCUAUCUAUCUAUCUAUCUAUCUAUCUGCUUCAUUAUGUUCAUAUCUAUAUAUCUAUCUAUGUUAUUAUGCUCAUAUCUAUCUAUUUCAUUAUUUUCAUGUCUAUCUAUCUAUCUAUCGAUCUAUUUCAUUAUGUUCAUAUUUAUCUAUCUAUCUAUCUCAUUCUCUUCAUAUUUUUCUAUCUAUUUCAUUAUGCUCAUAUCUAUAUAUCUAUCUAUCUUUGUAUCUCAAGUGUUUUUAAUUAA